AUGGCUCGAUACCUGUGCCAACUUUGCGACAACGUUGUGACUUACGGUGAGAAUCAUCCUUGCUUCUUUUAUAAGAAUGAUGACAACGUGUAUUCACUACCAGAAUAUUGGAAGGACAGUUCUCGGCAUUUAAGCCAAGCUGACCAACAAAACAAAAAAGAAAAUCCUGAGCUCAAAAAUUUAUCGCUGUUUCAAAAUAAUGCAGAAGUUAAGUCGCUUUUCUCAAAGGGAAACUGGUUUAGGACUUUUGCAGAGAGCACCGACAAUGCACAAACACGGAAUCCUUGUGAGAUUUCAUAUUUUAAUCUAAUUUCAGACGUUGAGGUGAUUGAAGUCGAAGGUAAUGAAAAUGCAUUUGUUACAGUUUCUUCAGAAAAUGUUGAAUCUGAUUACAGACCUGAAACCGACCAGCGCGAAACUUUUGAAAAAACGAUAAUUGUCAUCGGACCAAGUGAUGUUGACUUACAAACUCAGAGACUAUUAGAUGUAUCAGAUCUCAUGCAUGCAACAGCUGAAGAAGAAUGUAAAAUGCCAGUUGAAGACAACAAACGGCAGACUUUGAAUAACGAUAAAAAUAAUUUCAUAUUUUCUCUAGAAUGUGGUAUGAACAAAAUUAUUUCAGAUGGAAAUAAGGUUUCUAAAACAGCGAAUUUGAUUGUGAAUCUUGAUCUCCCAUCAGGAAAUAAAGAGUCGAAGAAUGGCAAGCAAGUGUCAGAAUGUGUAAAUCAUGAACAUAUUUCACCCGAAGUGCACUCUCAGGUUGAAAGUAAGAAGACGAAAGUGGCUACCUACGUGAAGGAACCUCAUUCUACCAUAAAAGAUGACAAUGCUGUGGCUGGACCUUCAGGAAUAUGUCACCGUAAGAAGAAAUUUCCUAAGACCUGCAGUAGGAAAGAUAAUCUUAAACCGAAUUAUCAAACACGCACUGGCGAUGAGCCCUUUAUGUGCAAUAUAUGUAAGAAAAAAUUCUCUAAGAAAUCAGAUCUCGAGCGACAUUACAGAACGCACACUGGCGAAAAGCCUUAUGAAUGCGAUAUAUGCGAAAAAAAAUUCAGUUCGAAAUCAUAUCUCAUCAUCCAUUAUCGAUUACAUACUGGCGAAAAGCCUUAUGUAUGCGAUAUAUGCGGAAAAAAAUUCAGUCAGAAACCACAUCUCCUCACCCAUUAUCGAGUACAUACUGGCGAAAAGCCUUAUGUGUGUGAAUUUUGUAACAAAGGUUUUGCUAAAAAGAGUAAUCUUAAAAUACAUGUAAGGACGCACACUGGAGAAAAGCCAUAUAAAUGUCCAUCUUGUGAAAAGUCUUUCAUGAACAGCAGGGAUUUUAAAAGGCAUCACAAAAGAAAGCACGAGUGA